AUGAAAGAAAUAUGCGUCGACGAUACACACAAGUUCCUGGGAAACGAAACUCACACAGAUUACUUCAGAUUAUUAUUAAGAGACGGAAACUACUUAUUAGUUGGCGGCAGAAAUGUGGUGUACAACCUCAGUCUCACAGACCUCACGGAACAACGCAGACUGGUCUGGUAUUCCCCAGCCAUUGACGUUCAAAUGUGCGUCGUCAAAGGAAAAGAUGAGGAGAGCUGUCAGAAUUACAUUCGCGUCUUGGUGUCCCUUGGCCCGGGGCGGUUAUUGGUCUGUGGCACCAAUAGCUUCAGACCAUUCUGCAGAGAGUACAGCGUGCAGCGCGACUCAUACCACAUGGAAAGCGAGAACACCGGCCAAGCAGUCUGUCCAUAUGACCCUGAGCACAAUUCCACUGCAGUAUACGCAGAUGGGGAACUGUAUUCGGGUACAGUUGCAGACUUCAGUGGCAUGGAGCCGAUCAUUUAUAGGCAGCCACUGCAAACAGAACCUUAUGAUUCAAUGACGCUAAACGCUCCUGACUUUGUGAACUCCUUAGUGCACGGAAACUUCGUGUACUUCUUCUUUCGAGAGACAGCUGUUGAAUAUAUCAAUUGCGGAAAGGCGGUAUUUUCACGGGUGGCGCGAGUAUGCCGGGACGACCGCGGCGGUCCUCACCGCUUCAAACAGCGAUGGACGUCAUUCCUCAAGUCACGCCUCAAUUGUUCCGUCGCUGGCGAUUUUCCUUUCUAUUUCAAUGAAAUACAAUCGACAACCGAGUUAAUAGAAGGUGUUUACGGCGGUCUUAACGCACAACUGAUAUAUGGAACCUUCACCACUCCCCCUAACAGCAUAUCGGGGAGCGCGGUUUGCGCGUUCAGCAUGCAGGACAUAGCUGAUACCUUUGAGGGAACUUUCAAAGAACAAAGUGCUCUCAAUUCCAAUUGGUUACCUGUAAAUAGCGCUAAGGUGCCUGAACCUCGUCCUGGAACAUGUUACAACGACUCAAGACUUUUACCCGACCAGACACUCAACUUUAUCAAGACCCACGCCCUAAUGGAUGAAUCUGUUCCUACGUUCUUUGGCGAGCCCAUCGUCAUCAGGACGAGUUUUCACUAUCGAUUUACGCAAAUCGCUGUAGAUCCUCAAGUAAAAACGCCUGGAGGGAAGGCUUACGAUGUCUUGUUCAUUGGCACAGACAACGGCAAAAUAAUUAAAGCAAUAAACGCGGUGUCGUACGACUCGAACACGCGGGCGGGGCCGGGGGUGAUCGAGGAGCUGCAGGCGUUCGCGGCCGGCUCGCCGGUGCGCGCGCUGCGCGUGGCGCGCGCCGGCCGCGACGCUGCGCGCCUCAUCGCCGUCUCCGACCGCGAGGUGCUCAGCCUGCGACUGCACCGCUGCUCCAGCGACAAGAUCAGCUCUUGCUCUGAAUGCGUGGCACUCCAAGAUCCAUACUGCGCGUGGGACAAACAGGCGGGACGAUGCCGUGCCUACUCGCACGGAGUCAGUCGGUGGUUAGAUGAAAACUCUUUCUACCAGAGCGUCAGCACUGGAAGUCAUGCCGCUUGUCCUCAUAGCAAGGAUGCCGGAGCGGUUGGGGGCCUUAGUUCUGGACUUUACGAUGAUGCACGCGGAGAAAAUAAGGGCGAAGUUAUCAACAUCGUUCAAGACAAGGACGGCAAGGGAAGCAAUAACAAUAACGAAGGUCCAGAAGUAUUGGCGGCGGAUCCACCUCCGACGGCCUACUCGGUGGAGACGCUCGCGCUGGCCGUGGCGGCGGGCGCGCUGGCCGCGCUCGCCGCCGGGUUCGCCGCCGGCUACAUCUGCGGCAGGCGCUGCAAGAAGGACGAGGACGACAACAUGCCCUAUCCCGACACCGAGUACGAGUACUUCGAACAACGGCAGAACAUCAACAGGAUCCAAGCGGAACCAAAACUGCUCCAACAAGUAGAAGAAGUUACCUACGCCGAACCAGUUCUAGCUCCACAGCCUAAACCCGCGUCACCACGAGCCACUCUGCGCAAGCACCCGCCGUACCACCCACACCACGAGACCCUGUUCCAGUUCCAACCGGACUCGUACCGUCGCGACAACUUUGGAACACUUCGCUCCCACCAGGUCAAUUUAACGCAGGAGUAUUCGGACCGCAGGGCGAUGGCUACCGGCGCGGCAACGACAACGGCUUCUCGACCACGCGCUCAGUGA